CUCUCUCCUCUCUCUGUCGCUCUUAUACAAGUACUGGACUCGAUCGCGCUCUGGUUUUCUUCCUCCGCCUCACGCCAGACUCCUCGUUUCUCACUGUCGCCAUGGCUGCUCUAGCUCUUCUACUUCUCUCCCUCGCCGUGGUCGGUGGAGCAGAUGCUGCUUGGUGUGUGUGUAAAGCUGACGUGAGUGAUACUGCUCUUCAGAAGACACUGGACUACGCUUGUGGAGCCGGAGCUGACUGCUCCUCCAUUGGCCAAAAUGGAGCUUGUUACAACCCCAACACAGUGAGAUCCCAUUGCUCUUAUGCUGCCAACAGUUACUACCAGAGAAAGGGGCAAGCACAAGGGGCUUGUGAUUUCUCUGGCACCGCCAGUCUCACCACAACAGAUCCAAGUUACUCUGGUUGCACUUACCCUGCCACUGCAAGUUCCGCUGGCACAAAUUCUACUACACCAGUAAUAAGCACCCCGGGCACCUUAAGCCCUCCCAAUGGAGUAUUUGGAGGAUUAGGACCAUCAAGCAACUUCCCUGACAACUCCAGCGGCUUUCUAAUCUCGGCAGCACUGACCUCUCUCCUCUCAAUUGGCAUUUGCUCAUGGAUGGCUUUGUUGAGUUGAGGACUGCUCUACAGUUCUAAUUUGCUUCAUUGGUUGGCACACUUGUGUUUUGUGGAAAUGGCUGUGAAAACAAAAGGAACAAAUGUAUGUGAUAAAAGCAUUUCUGAUCUUGUUCAUGUUCCCUAGUGGCAACAGAAAAUGAUUCCAUGGUUGGUGGAGCAUCAGGAAAAUUAGAAAUUGUUGUCUGUUUUUCUCUUUUUCUUUUGCUUUCUUUCUUGUGAGACUGUCUGAAUUGAGGUAUUAUUUGAGUAGUUGUUAGAGCA